AUGCUUUCUAGUCAAACUCGACGUCGUGCCAUUCAUAAUCAUGUUAUUAUUGUUCUUUUAUUCAAUAAUUUGAUCUAUGAGCUUAUAGAUAUUUCAUUAUUUCUCAACUAUUAUCGUUUAGACGCUGUCUGGCCUGCAACACAAAGUUUAUGUCUAAUAUGGAUGUUCAUUAAUGAAGCAUUGUAUUCUGUUUCAACAAUAGCUGUUGCUUGGGCAUCGAUUGAACGACAUAUACUUAUCUUUCAUAAUCAAUGGUUAUCUAGCACCAGAAGGCGUUUUCUCAUUCAUUAUGUUCCGUUGGCGUUGCUUGUAUCUUAUAUUAUUUUAUUUCAUUUUAUUGUCAUCAUAUUUCCACCGUGUGAAAAUAAAUAUGAUUAUACACAAGAGAUGUGUGGCCAUCAACUCUGCUUUCACGAUUCAAAGUUGAUUGGCACAUGGGAUAGUAUUACACAUAAUAUUAUACCGACUCUAACAAUUGUGAUCUUUAGCAUUACUCUUCUUAUGCGAGUUUUGCGUCAAAAUCGUCGUAUGCAUCAAGUUGUCCAAUGGCGAAAACAUCGAAAAAUGGCAAUUCAAUUACUGUCGAUUUCUCUUCUCUAUUUUGUUCUUUAUAUUCCAAUCAUGUGUAUUGAACUGGCAGAACUGUGCUGCAUACAUUACGAACUUAGUAAUGGUUUUAAACAAUAUGCACGAUUUUUUUCGUAUUAUGUCAUAUUUCUACUUCCAUUUGUCUGCCUUGCUUCAUUAAUGGAAAAAUCAUGGCGGCUCAGAAACAUUUUUUCAUGUUGGUAUCGACCGACACAAUUGGUUCAUCCUACGGCAUUACCUACAACACGUUUCGUGACAAGAGAGCCAAACGCAAGAGAAAUAACUGCACAAUAUUGA